CUUACUGCUAAAAAUGGCAGAUUGCGAAAAGGAAGAAGCGCAGAAUUUGCAACUGGAGUUCGAAUGGGUUCUCCGAAAAGAAGUACAUGCUGUUGUCAGUCAGCUACAUGCAAUCCUCGUCGAGUGUGGUCGGAGAUUUCCUGCCUGUAGCAAUGAUGCAUCACACAGACAAGAAAAAUUUAUGCUGUCAGCACUGCCAGAGCAGCCAAAAUGCGUCAUCACAUUGGCAGGGGAUAGCAUCACUCAUGCGGAAAUCAAUCUCAGAGUUCAACGACAGCAGGUAGUGACAUACCGGACGACAAUUCAAGCUGAAAGUCCAUGGCGAUUGCAGCAGAUCCAAGAUGCUGGCAACCAUCUGCAGCAGGCCAUAGUUCAUACUGAAGCUAUUGAUAAGGAUUACAUGUUCAAGUCAUCAGAAGAAGUACUUUAUAUAUUGGGCAACAUACUGGGAGCCUUGCAACGUGCCCGUACCAGUCUCAUAGUGCCUCGUAAGAAGACUAUUGAUGACCUCAUGAGAAGCAGGAAUAUGAAAUCUUUGGUGCCCAACCUUCCUGAAGAUCUUGCAAUCAGUUUCUAUGUGCAGAGCCACAAACUGGUGUUUGCUGUAUAUCAGCUGACAAAUGUGCAAGGCACAAUGAAGUUUGACACCCAUCAGGCAGAGUGCUCAAUUCCAUGGCUAAAUGAAGCUCUAGUACUUCUCACCGUGGCACUACAACUCUGCCAGCAACUCAAGGACAAGAUUGGUGUAUUCUCACAGUAUAAGGACUUCACUGUGGGUAUGAGAGUGGCAUCUCCAGUACCCUAAUAAAGUUCUACUAUUAGUACUGAAAUUGACCUUCCAGCCAAGUGGUAUUGCUGCUCAGAUGUACCAUCCAAGACACUUGAAGUGUCAGGUUGUUAAUUUUGUAUUGUAUGUGCAUAUAUAUUUACGUGCGGUAUUUAAUGUUACCAUCAGAUUUACAAGAUAAUGUUUCCUCAGUCAUAACAAAAAUGACUGAUAGUGCUCAAAGUUGUUUACUCCCUAGUAGACAUAAUAGUUCAAAAUCCAAAAGAAUAAAAUUUCUACAGUUAUUGUUCCUGUGUGCGCCUUGAGCUAAAAGGGCAUAUUUCCACGGCUCCAUGUGGAAAUGUGCACAAAUCUGCAUUUUCAACAGAAUGAUCUGCAUGCUCAUAAUGUGUGUAUUAUGAAAUCAGACUGGAGAAUUUUAGAAUUUUUAUUUUUGCGUGUUAAUGUAUGCAAGUUUUAUUACUUUUAGAUCUAUAUACUUUUAAGGAAUUUUAUUUGUUUAAAUAACAACUGAGUACCUAUGCGAUGAUUUUGUUUCACACUGGUUUUCUGUACAAGCCUAAAACAGUAACUAAGGCCACUAGUAAUUUCUUGUACAUUAUAUCAGUUUCCUGGCUGCUUUAUCUUAGGUACAGAAAUUCUGUUAUGCUAAGAACACAAAUCUUUUUGUUUGAUUUGUUGCUAACGUAAAUACUUACUGGAUUCAAUUCAAAAUUAAUGUACAGAGGACUGUAAUGAUUUGUGUGACUCCAGGUUAGUGGAUUUAAUAACUUUUAUAUCAUCUUCAUGUGCCUCUAUAAUGAAAUGGGAACCAAAUGUUCUCCAAAUUUCGUCGUAUAAGACCUUAUGUGUCACAUGUAGUCAAUUUUUCGUAUCUGGACUCACAGUUUCAUCCUAAGUAAACUUUUACAGUGAAUCCGGGAAAUAAAAAAAGGUGAUGGAAUAUCCCUUGUCUAGUAGCUGUUAUGUUUGUGGUGUAUUAUACCAAUUAUAUUUGUCUGAUAUACUAGUGGUAAAUUUCUAAGGUUCAUUUUAAUCCCAUUAUUGAAGCUGUUUUUGUGCUUAGUGUAGCCAAGUUGCGGAGAUUGUUUGUGUGUGUUUGUGUUUGUGUUUGUGUGUGUGUGUGUGUGUAAUAAAAGUUGAAAAUCCAGAAUGAGAUUUUCACUCUGCAGCAGAGUGUGCGCUGUUAUGAGACGAGGUACUGGCAGAAGUAAAGCUGUGAGGAUGGGGCGUGAGUCGUGCUUGGGUAGCUCAGUCGGUAGAGCACUUGCCCGCGAAAGGCAAAGGUCCCGAGUUUGAGUCUCGGUCCGGCACACAGUUUUAAUCUGCCAGGAAGUUUCAAAGUUGAAAAUAUUAGCAUUCCAUGCAUAAUAUGUGCAGUGUAGUUGCUUUUGGUUUUUGUGCAUUAUUUAUUGAGAAAACAACAAUAAAGGGCAUGUUGUUCACUUUCCCAGAGAUUGGAAAAUACAUUUUCUAUUUGAGUUCAGUGAAGUAUGACUGCCUAAAGAUUGACUGAAAUUCUCGACAGUAAAGAUGAUGAAAAAUGUAAUUUUUUCCAACUUGUACCUUUUUAAAUGCAUCACUUGCGUUAUGGUUAUUUUCUGUAACUACAAUAAUACACAACUCAAUAUAACUAUUCUACAGCCCUGGCACUGAUACCACAGAGCUGAAAUAUUUUCUCUGUGCUAUCUCUUGCAAUAGCCAUGCAGGAAUUGAUCUAACAUGAACUGUUUCUCUAUGAGCAUGACAUUUGGGAGUGUAUUGUUGUGCCUUCACCUUCUGACCAUGUGGAUGUACUGUACGAUCAAGUGUGUCAUAUUGUUAUGCAACAAGAUACUUAAUAAUUUUACUGUUUGGAAUUAUAUUUGAGUUUUGAUGUUGUACUGUAUUAAGACACGCAAUUCUGUAAUGCAUUAUUGUUUAUGACAUGUAUGUUCUCAAAAGUCUUUUUCUUAAUAACAAGAGAUGAAUACCAAAUGGUCAUGCUGCAUGCUGGAGUCAUAAUAUUGUGACUCAGUAAUGCUUCAGUUAUUGAAAUAUUUGUCAUGCUAGUUGAAUUUCAUGUGUACAUGUACAGUUAUCUUGGCACAACAUUUUUCAAUGCUUUAGUAACCUUGAUUUAGAAAAACCUCAGAACACAUUCCAGGAGAUUAGUCAUUGAAGCACUGCGUUUUCUGUUUUCUUUCUGUUUUUCCAUAUUCAAGAGUGCGGAUGAGCAAUCGUAUCUGGUGAGUGAGUGUUAUUCAGGUGUACACCUACUGCAUGUCUGCAGAUACUUAUAGUUUCACUGAUAAAAAAAAGUCCCACACCUGUUUCCUUCAUUUAUUAAAUUACAUAAAAUAAGAAAUACAAUUAUACAUUUGGUAA